CUCCCCGGUCCCUCCGGAGGCGGCUCACCCGAGGCUGGGCAGGCGCAGGGCAGGCAGCAUGAGCCGCGAGGAGAGCCGUUCGCGCAGCGCCGGCUCCCGCCGCGGCGCAGAAGACGCGCACGAGUUGGUCGCAACUCCCCCCCGCCGCUCUACUUGGGAAGGCGGCCGCGGCCGGGCAUCCGAGAUUACUCCAGCGCGACCGUGGGGCGCUGGGGGCGCCGGCUCCUCGCUGCUCUCCCGGGCUGCCGGCGGCGCAGGGCGCGUGGACAAGCUUCUUCCCUCCUCCUCCUCUGGCCGCUCGGCGUCCUGCUUCUCUGUGCGGAGCCUCCGGUCGAGCGGGUCCUGGGCCACUUCUCUCCGCUUGCUCGGGGCUGCGCAGCCGGCUCUGCCCGGCGGACUCCAGCGGCGGUGGCGGCAGUGGCGGCGGCGGCGUCCGCGCACGUUGGCACCGGUUUGUCUGUCUCGCAGGGUCCAAGCCUUUAAAUUUCCUGCACUUUCAGCUCCAUCACCAUGGAAACCACUGACUCUCUCUCUCCGCGUUGCCCCCUCCCCCUUCUUCCCCCCAAACAACAACCCCACCCCCCACUCCUCCACCCGCGAGGAGCCGGAGCCGCACGGGCUCGGGGGGAAAGCGACUGCACUGGUCGCCGCGGCGGCGGCGGCGGCUCCGGCAGCGCCCAGGACUGUGCCCCGCCGGACCCAGAUGCCCCGGGAAGCCGACAGUCAGGCUGCCCGCCGGAGCUCACAGGCGGCGGCGGCGCGGCAGCGGCGGUGGCGGCGGCGGCGGUGGCGCUUGGCAGAUCUCCAGACUUAGUGUAAACAAAAGUCCUGAGAUUUUUCUCCAGGGUGCUUGGAUUUCACAAGUACACAGGCUGGAUAGAUCCAACUGAACAGCAAAGAAAGGGUGGGAACCCAAGCAUACUUGAUGAUGGCUCCGGUGACUUAUUAAUGGAGAACCUACCGUGUGAAGACCAGAAGGAACCGCAAGUGUGAGACAGUGCAGGGCCGCCUCCACCCUGCAGCCAAGGCUUCUGAGGUCUCCAGAGGGGAGAGGCGACAAGCAUAGGAAGAGAGUACUUAAAGGGUCUUGGAAAGAUGGGUAGAUCACUAUAGAAUUGUCAAAACUGUUUUCCUUAACCUGCGCUCCCUUUUGAUAAACGUAAC